GUCAACUCACAAGAAAUUCAUAAUAUUUUGUUUAUGAAAUGCGGAAUUGCCAGUAAAAACGAUGCACUUCUAUUUAAUCUUGCGAAAAUAAUUACGUAUUGCGACAUUGAGCGUUAAUAUGUACAAUGUUACAAUUUCUAAAGAAAGGCAGCAGAAAUGGUCAACAAAAACACAACGUCGUGUCUUCGCUUGAGCGGCAAAAAAUCGAAAAUUUGAGGGCCGAUCGGGAAUGCAAAACGGGACUUCCGCCGCCCUUACCUCUAUCGUCCUUCGACGAUGAGGGUUUGUUCGAUAUAGGUGAAAACGAGUCUUCGAAAGAGCACUCUCGACUAACGAGAACCUUAGCAGACAUUACGUCUGAUAAAAACGCUUUGGGCUACCUUUUACAAUACAUGGAAUCGAAGAACGCCUCUUCGUACCUACUCUGUUGGCUCGAUAUCGAAGCCUUUAAACUCUACCUAGAAGACAUUUCAGCCCAGACGAAAGCGGCCCCGCAUUCCCCACAAUCGCACAGCCAAAUCGACCACGACAGUCUCUCCGUUAGUACCGAUUGCGAUUCGUACACGGCGGACUCGAACAGUUUAUGCGACUACAUAUCUGACGGCAAAAGCCCUCAAGAUAGCCCUUGUGAUACAGAAAGAAGUGAUAGUAGUGUUAGGUUAAAAAACGAGGAGUCUUCUAAUGAUAAAAGGAUCGUACAAAACACUAUCGACAGAGCCUUGGACAUAUUCAAGAAGUACAUCGCUCUGGAGUCCGAUUGCAACGUAAAAUGCACGGAGGAUUCGAGGAAGGAGGUGAUGGAGAACAUUUGCAGCACCACCAAAGUGUUGUCGACGAAUUGCUUCGACGCCGUACAGAAUUUCGUGUACAAAACCAUCGAGGACGAUUAUUUCAACGCUUUCCUCGAAUCGGACCAUUUCUGUAAAUACCAAAUCGAUUUGUUGACCUGCGGUAACGUCGUCCUCAGCGACAUCUUGUACAACGAAACCGCCCUCUUCUACUUCAUGGAGUUCCUCGAACAAGAAAACCAACGCUGCUUGCUGGAGUUCUGGAUAGCCGCCUCGAACUUCCAACAGCAAAUACAAGACCAAAAGGAAUUCUUCGAUCCGCUCGAAGCCCAAACGGACGCCGUAGUGCUAUACGACAAAUACUUCUCACUGCAGGCCCUCUGCCCGCUGGGCUUCAGCGACAAAGUCCGCUUCGCGGUCGAACAAAGCAUUUGCGGCGAGGACGGGCUAACCCUGCACUGCUUCCAUCUACCGCUGAAAAUCGUGGAGAGCGUGCUGGAAAAGCAGCACCUCAAACCGUUCCUCGAAUCGCAGCUGUUCUACAAAUACCUAUCGGAUUUGAUCAACGCCGUGCAAUCGAACAGCUACGCCAACGUGGAGAAGUACAAGCACGCCGCGUCCGAUUGCAGCAGCGAGAAGAGCUUCGGCCAGGGCACGUUCCUGGCGUUCGAGGUGCCGCGGGAGCGCGGGCGCGACAAGGGCAAGGAGAUGACGAUCGACACGAGGGAGCUGUACGAUCCGGACGCGCUGUGGAAGCGGAAGAAGGCGCACCGGCUGUCGCUGGGGCGCGUCAGCGAGUUGGGGAAGUACGAGACGGAGUUCGAGCCGGAGCCCGACAGGAGGCAGUUCAGGUUCAAGAACGUCCUGCGGAAGGUGAUCAGUUUGGAGGAGGACGAUCGGAAGAAGGAGGAGAUGGCGUGGCAGGUGGCCGAGUUGAUCGUUAAGGAUAUUACGAAGGUUACUUUAGGGAAUGAAACUGGUGGGAUUCUUGAUAAAUGAUGGAUUUUUGUGGAAUGGUGUAUUUUUUUUUGGUUGGAUUGUUUUUUUAUUUUAUUCGAUCUAGUGUGGUAAUUGCACAAAAACAGCUUACGAGGAUAGUUUUUUAUUAUUCGAAUGGGAAUCGAGAAAUGUUUGUCUAAUUUUACUCGAUUCGCUAUUUAAUACACUCUCCUUGUUAUUGGUUUUUUUAGCGUAA